AUGUCAGUUACUUUUGAUGCAGAGAAAAAAAUCUGGUAUGGACCCACCAAGGAAUAUACUUACGGAAAUUUAGGAGUUGCCGAAGUGAUUUUCACCUUUUUGAAGAAUAAUCCGGAACAUGUCGCACAAAUAAGUGACGACACGGGAAAAGUUUACACCUCGAAGGCGAUUUUAAAGGCAGCCAUUAGUUUCGCGCAAGUGCUCAAGGCCAAAAACGUGGGAAAGAACGAUAAUGUGUUAUCUUUGAUGGACAAUCAUCAUUACAUGAUGCCCGCGUGGUUGGGAGUUACCUUCGCUGGUGCUGUGUUGUGUCCCUUUGCUAUGACAGAUAACUCUGUCAAGGAGGAAAUAAGUGACAUUGUCGAUCAAGUCCAACCCAAAAUUUUCAUUACAAGUCGUCUCGAUCUCGUUGACUACUUUAAAAGUAUCUUCAAAAAUUUAAAUUUGGACUGCCCAAUUUACAUUUAUGAGAAUACGAUUGAUGGUUGUCACGAUUUGAAGCCAUUGUUAGAGCAAGAUGUCGAUAUUGACGCCUUUGAAGUACCAAAAGUCGAAAAUUCAGCCAAAGAUAUCGUCAUGCUUACAUUAUCUUCUGCUACAACAGGAAAACCCAAGUUAAUCAAUACGACACACAUGCAGGUUAUUGCUGGAUUACCUACCGACUUUGGAAAAGUCAUCAUAGCAUCAACAAACAAACCUGGCUGGUCUGCGGAAAACAAUCUGGCCUUCGGAUGUUUAACGCAACCCUACACACGCGUCAUCACAGCAAAAGAUCAAACAAUCGACGAAUUCCUUGAACUCAUUGACCGUCACAAAGUCAAUAUUGUCUCUAUCAAACCGAAAGACAUCUAUGCUGCAAUUCGUUCGCCAACGAUAAAAACGGUCGAUUUAUCGCAUUUGAAGAUGGUUGGUAGUUCCGGACAACAUUUAAGCACAAAAAUCGCCGAUGAAUUCCAAAGUUACAUGACCGGAGGAACUGUUGUGAACGUUUAUGGCACCUCUGACGUUGGAAUUGCCAUCACCCAGAUCGUUUUCGGCAAAACCAAGCCAGGUUCCGUUGGACAAAUCAACGCAAAUGUCACACUUCGCAUCGUGAGCGAAUCUGGCGAAAAUUUGGGCGUCAAUGAAAUGGGCGAAAUCUACGUAAAAUGCAACGUUCCGUUUGCCGGCUACUAUAAAAACGAGAAAAUGACGAAGGAGGCCUUGGACGAAGAGGGUUUCUAUAGAACAGCGGAUAUUGGAUAUGUGGAUGCCGAAGGGAACGUUUUUCUCGUCGAUCGUAAGAAAUUUUUGAUCAGUUAUGGGGGCGAAUUUUUAAAUCAAAGCGAAAUCGAGAAAAUUGUCUUGGAGCACGUUAAAGGCGUAGAAGCUGUUUGUGUUGUCGAUGUGGAGCAUUCAGAAUAUAACGUGAUCCCCAUAAUUUGCAUCAUCCCGGAGAAAGGAGUGACCUUGAAUGAACAGGAAAUUAUCGAUACAGUCCAUAAAAAUUACAAUCGAAAAUUUUACACAAAAGUUUUCUUCGUGGAUGACAUGCCGAUGACACUUUCGGGUAAAUUUAAGAAAUAUAUGGUGAGGGACCAGAUUUUGAAGAUGAACAAUGGUAAAAUUUAA